ACAAAACCAGCGUGACGUAAUCGGUCUGAUCACUUCCGCCCUGUUCAUUCAACGCAUGCUUCUCUGAGCAGCUGUGUUUAUCAGAAAUCAAUAUGAAUCAAGAGAAAUUGGCCAAACUUCAGGCCCAGGUCCGAAUAGGGGGCAAGGGCACAGCACGCAGAAAGAAGAAGGUGGUGCACAGAACAGCAACAGCUGAUGAUAAGAAACUUCAGAGUUCAUUAAAAAAACUUGCAGUCAAUAACAUAGCUGGCAUUGAAGAGGUUAAUAUGAUCAAAGACGACGGCACAGUCAUUCACUUCAAUAAUCCCAAAGUGCAGGCGUCUCUGUCUGCCAAUACGUUUGCCAUCACGGGGCACGCGGAGACCAAGCAGCUCACGGAAAUGCUACCAGGAAUCCUCAGCCAGCUCGGUGCUGACAGUCUCACGAGUCUGCGCAAACUCGCCGAGCAGUUUCCCAGACAAGUUCUGGACAACAAAGCUCCUAAGGCUGAAGAUAUCGAUGAGGAAGAUGAUGAUGUCCCAGAUCUUGUAGAGAACUUCGACGAAGCAUCAAAGAACGAGGCAAACUAAUUAUUGGACCUUUGUUUAAUGCUGUACAGGAACAAACACCCUGCAGUAUUUUUAAACUAGAGUAACAGACAUAUCAUUUGAACACUAUACAGUGAAACCAGAGACUUUUAUAUCAUAAAUUGGCUGUUCCAGAUCCGCCCCAGACCCUUCUCCUGCACUUACACAUAAAGAUGGACAGUUGAUGAUAUUCUUAAUGGUUAACAACCACCAUGCUUAAUUAGUCUUAAUUAUUUUUUCCUGUUAAGUAAAUAAAAAUAAAACUGAUCAACCUUU